UUAAUUUUUCGUGUUGGAUCCAAGGUAGCAGCGGCAGAGAACAAAAUCGACGAGAACAUAGAGAUUUUUCACUUAAAAAGUGGAAAAUUAUUAAGAUAUACGUAUUAAUUUAAUAUAUAUAGUAGAAAAUCCAUUAAAUAUAUUUGUGUUUUGCCAAGUGCGUAUAAAUAUAUUGACACAAAUUGCGUUCAAAAUCGGACUAGUCGCAAAAGAAGAUUUAGCCAACGAGAGAAGGAAAUAUUCCAGAAACUUUUUUUUGAAAUAAUAGAAGGCGAAAACAAGUAAAAACUGAUUUUUUGAUAAUACUUGGACCAAGAAAAUAUAUAAUUUUUAUUGGAAAAAGAAGGUACAGGAAACGUUGAAACAUCAUUCAAAGGCAGUAAAUUCAAUUCGUUGAAUUUGGUAAAUAAUUUUCCUCCCAACACACACACACAGACACAAGGAGAAAGAAAAUAAUUUGAAAAAAUGACGUCUCUGGAACCAAAUGUGAAUCGCUUGCAAAAUUUCAAAAACAAAGGCAAAGAUCAAGAUGAAAUGCGACGACGACGCAAUGAAGUCACAGUGGAAUUGCGUAAAAACAAACGUGAAGAGACAAUUCUCAAACGUCGCAAUGUCCCCAACAUGGACUCAAACACAGACGAAGAUGAUCAGUUGCCAAAUCAAAUCAACUUGAAGAAACUAGCUGAAGCUGCUGCUGAUUCAUCGAAGCCCGAACAGCAAUUGGCCGCUGUGCAAGCCGCACGCAAACUGUUAUCGUCUGAUAAAAAUCCACCCAUCAAUGAUUUAAUUAAGAGCGACAUUCUUCCCAUAUUGGUCGAUUGUCUGAAGCAACACAAUCACACAAUGUUGCAAUUCGAAGCUGCCUGGGCAUUGACAAACAUCGCCUCCGGCACAUCGGAACAAACAAAUGAGGUGGUAAAUGCCGGUGCUGUCCCUCUGUUCUUGCAAUUGUUGUCUUCACCUGCUCCAAAUGUCUGCGAACAAGCCGUCUGGGCUUUGGGUAAUAUCAUUGGUGAUGGGCCAGCACUGCGUGACUUUGUCAUAAGGCACGGUGUCGUCCAGCCGCUGUUGUCGUUCAUCAAACCCGAUAUACCCAUAUCGUUUUUGCGCAAUGUCACCUGGGUCAUUGUGAAUUUGUGCCGUAACAAAGAUCCCCCACCACCAGCCACAACUAUUAACGAAAUAUUGCCCGCUUUGAAUAUAUUGAUUCACCAUACAGACACCAACAUCCUGGUGGACACCGUAUGGGCCAUCAGCUAUUUAACCGACGGCGGUAACGAUCAAAUCCAAAUGGUUAUCGAAAGUGGUGUGGUACCAAAAUUGAUACCCCUCCUGGGACAUGCCGAAGUGAAAGUACAAACAGCUGCCUUGCGUGCUGUUGGUAAUAUCGUUACCGGUUCCGACGAACAGACCCAGGUCGUACUCAACUACGAUGCUCUGUCAUAUUUCCCAGCAUUGUUGUCACAUCAAAAGGAAAAGAUACGCAAAGAGGCCGUAUGGUUUUUGUCCAACAUAACAGCUGGUAAUCAGUCACAAGUGCAGGCCGUCAUCAACUGUGGUCUGCUGCCGAAAAUCAUUGAAAAUCUACGACACGGUGAAUUCCAAACACAAAAAGAAGCCGCAUGGGCCAUCAGCAAUUUGACUAUCAGUGGUAAUCGUGAUCAAGUGUUUACGCUAAUCAAGGAGGGCGUUAUACCACCAUUCUGUGAUCUGUUGUCAUGUCAAGAUACGCAAGUUAUUAAUGUCGUCCUGGAUGGUCUUAACAAUAUGCUCAAAAUGGCCGAAAGCCAUGUACAAGAUGUAGCCAAUUUAAUUGAGGAAUGCGAUGGUCUCGAAAAGAUUGAGAAACUGCAAAAUCACGAAAAUGUUGAAAUCUACAAACUGGCGUACGAAAUCAUUGAACAACAUUUCUCAGAUGAGCUCGAACAGGCAUCAAUUGCGCCCGCCUCCGAUGGUGCACAAUAUCAAUUUGAUCCAAAUGCCGAUGGCAGAUUACCGAACACAUAUAAUUUUUAACAAAAUUUCCCAUAUUUUUCAAUGUGACCAUGAUUAAACGAUAUACGCUGUCGUCUUCUUGUACAUUGCAAACAAUUUAAAAAUCUUUAUUUUUUAAUUAUUAUAUUAUAUUAUUUAACUUAGAAUCAUAAAACAAAAAACACACAGAAAAGAAAGCAACAGAUAAAAGCAAAAAACAAGGAUUUAGCAGCAUUGCAAAUAACAACAAAAGAACGAAGAAAGAGCAGAACCAUAAGAUAAUACUGAGUCCAUGAUAAUAUAAUUAUUUGUAAUUUAAAUAUUUCAUAAAAAUCAUCUAUAUAUAAUUAUAUAUAUAUAUAUACAAAACAAAACAAAAAAACCAAACAGAUUUAUUGAAUUUCUGAGUUUUAAACACACAAUUUUUUUUUUUGGAAAAAAAGAAGAAAAAAAAUUAAACAAAUACGAAUAUUCUUUAUCUUGACUUAGCUUUCUGUUAAAUUUUUCCAUAUCCAACUUCCCCUCCCCCCUGUCCUGUCUGUCUGUGCCACCUUUGAAUUCCGUCUUCCCAUGCCACACGCAAACGUCCCCUCCCCUUCCUUUCCUUCCUGAUAAUCUAUUAACUAUAUAUCAUACACAAGAUAAGGCAAGAAACUCUAAAAAAUAAAUUUAUUUUAAAGAAUUUUUUAUUUUAUUAUAA